AUGUCGACCACAGCCACGGCUACGGCCACGGGUACUGCAGACCGUGACUGCGACUGCGACAAGAAUUGCGACACGCACUUGCACUCGAAGAUGGAAGCCCUAGGCGUGUCGUGCUGGGACUUUGCCUACCCGACGGGGAAAUGCCCCCUGCCGCCGGUCAAGAACUGCAGCUUCGCCUCCACGGAGGCAAAGUCGGCUCCUAGUCCGCGGAGAGCGCGGGGCGAGCGCAGGUUCAAGCACGAGGACCUCGUCACCAGCGGCCGCGCGGGUGGUGCAGAGAUGGUGAUGGUGGCAGCCGCGGCGGUGGUGUCUGGACUAGGACCAGACGACGUGGGGGAUGGUGGACAAUGUCCAUGGCAGAUCUCCACGACGGGCACGAGAUCAAGGUCGCGGUCGCGAACACAACAUCAUCACGAUAGUCAUCAGCAUCACGAUGGUACCAAAACGCACAAGAACGGCACGAGUAAACACCACCACCACCACCACCACCAUCACAAUCACCAGCAACAACCACGCAGCACUACCGCCGAACUACGAACCUACCUCCUCUCCUGCCCGACCAUCCCCUCCAUCACCUACCCGCACACCCACACGACCAUCUCGACCCUGCUCCUCACGCCCCGCACACAACUCGUCCUCCUCGUGCCACAGUCCAACAUCCUCUGCCCCAAGGUGUGCGAGCUGAUGCGCCUGCCCCGCGCAGGCGGCAGCGGGAUCUGCAUACUCCCCGUGCCGCCGGAGAUUGAGAUGCGGGUUGUCACCGACGCCGACACCGACACCAAUCCCGAUCCGAAUACCGCUACCGCCGCCGAACUCGAAUUCGAAUUCGAAUCCGACGGCAAAGUCCAUCUCAAUGGCGCAAGCGACAGCGCGCGCGAGCACAUCUCCACGGCCAUGUCGAUAAUCGACGCCCUCGCCGUCGACGAGGUCGUCGCCAAGAUUCUGAAGAAUACCCCCGCCAGGGCCUUUGACGGGUAUGUCGCGUUCGAGGACGAAAGGGCCGCCUGGACGUUUUUGCACCGCGUCGGGAGGGGCGUCAUGGAUAAGGGGGUGGGGAAGGGUAAGGGCGGUAAGGGCAAAGCGGUUGUGGGGAAGGGGCGGUAA